CCGGGUCAAAGGGUGCGCUGGCUUCCGCUUCGCUCGGUGUCUCGGGCUGCUCGAACCGUCUCCGAGGCGACGUGGGGCCGAGUCGGGCUCCCCUCGGACCGUGAGGUUAUCGAGAAGGGUUGAACAGAUAAAAAUAUGAAGCUUUACAGUCUUAGUGUUCUUUACAAAGGUGAUCCCAAAGUGCACUUACUGAAGGCUGCCUAUGAUGUAUCAUCAUUUAGUUUCUUCCAGAGAUCAAGUGUUCAAGAAUUUAUGACCUUUACAAGUCAACUGAUAGUAGAGCGUUCAGAGCCUGGAAGCAGAGCUUCUGUAAAGGAACAAGAAUACCUCUGCCACGUUUAUGUACGGAAUGAUGGUUUGGCUGGAGUGGUAAUUGCAGAUAAUGAAUAUCCAUCCCGGGUUUGUUUCACUUUGUUGGAUAAGGUACUUGAUGAAUUCUCUAGGCAAGUUAAUAGGAUAGACUGGCCUUCUGGGUCUCCAGCAACGAUAAACUAUACAGCCUUGGAUGGAUACCUUAGUAAAUAUCAGAAUCCUCGUGAUGCCGAUGCAAUGUCAAAAGUGCAAGCCGAAUUGGACGAGACCAAAGUUAUCCUGCACAACACAAUGGAGUCCUUGUUAGAACGAGGAGAGAAAUUGGAUGACUUAGUGGCCAAGUCAGAGAUUCUUGGAACUCAGUCAAAAGCCUUUUACAAAACUGCCCGCAAGCAGAAUUCAUGCUGUGACAUCAUGUGACUCCAUCAACAGUGUAUCCUUACCACCUGCUUUGGACUAUCUGGAUUUGAUUUGAUUUUAUAACUCCUGGAAAGAGGCAGCACACACAUGUAACUACAGCAGCAGCUGUUGUUUCCAGGUUCAGCCAUCUCAGCCACUUUGGAGGCAUGAAAUGGGCUACCAUGUUGGGGUCCAUGAAAUUAAAACUGUAUUUUAAAAACUAACUUUCAUUGGUGAGAGAGCAUCUUGGAUAUUAGACUGAUGGCAAGAGGGGAUAUAAGAAUAGACCCUGGUGCUUACACACAUUCCUGUUUUGGUCAUCUGGCUGAUACCUGUGUGGGGAUUCUCCGCUCUCCUUUCCAAAACUGCAAGCAGAUGUGAACUCACUGUGCAUACAUAUGAGUAAGAAAAACAGUUUGGCCAUCUGAAAGUUCUAAGGUUGCCUUUCUUAGCAUUGCACAGUGUCCUUGUGUCUUAAAAUGUUUGAUGCUAAUUUUGGAAGUGAAGCAAAACCCAGUCAAUUUUAAACCCAUUCAGAGUUACUCAGAGAACAUGGAUCUCCGCAUUCUGCAUGAAAGGAAAAAAAAAGACAACCCUAAGGCAGCCUGAGAACUGAAUAUUCUUUGUACUAUAGAAGGCAGUCCAAAGAAGUGGGAAGCAGGUUUUAGGGCAAGUAUGGGUAUGUAGAUGCUUUUAGGUUUUCUUUGAUUCAAGGUGGAAAAUUUCUUCCCAACUUGAGCCAGACUUUUUGUUUUUGCCAAGGAUAUAAGCAGCAGCAUCUAGCUCCCUCUUUUACCUAGUACCAUUGCCACUUGUCAAACCCAGGAUUUCAUUAAGAAGGGAUUGCAUGGCAUAGCCCCCUGGGUGCUCUUGAAUAUUGCAGUUUGUUCAGGUUGGGCUUAUUGGUGAAAAGCUGGCAACUCUUCUAGCUGAUGGGGUUGUUUUCUACACUUUCUGCAGGAUGUGGAAUGGGCAACUGCAUUGCAAUCCAGGCAUCCCUUUUCACACUAUUCAUUGUGGCUGCUGUUCUGACAGCAUACCUGCCCUGGUAUAAAGCAGCCCCUCUUGAGAAUACUGUACCCAGAAGCAUAAUCUGCCGCUUCACAGUAGCCACUAUACCAGUGUCUUGUAGAGUACAGUCUAUCCUGUAUUGGGUCUAAGUGUGUUAGUCGCUGCAGCCAUGCAGCUUGGUGUUGUCUUGUGAUGUCCUUGGCCAACCUACAUUCUCCCACCGUUGGAGAAUUUGUCCUCAUUGGUUAAUUUUGUGUAAAUACAGAAAAUGUUAUUAAUGGUUUUGUCUUUCUGUCAGUGGCAUCUCAGCGACAAGGCCCAUUCUGUCUUUUGGGUGUGGGGCAGUAGGGAUGCUAUUCUAGAGUAGCAUUUCUGCCCCCCCCCAAAGCGUUUUGCUUUAUUGUAACUGGGUUGGAUAUGUCUGCACACAGGUGAACCACCAUGUCCCUUAAAGUCAGCUGAUUCCCAACAAGUCCUUUGUGAAAUAAUUCAGAUAGGCAAUAGGAACAACAUGCCACUUGAAGUUGUUGCUUGUCAGUGGUGCCAUGUGCAUGUGCACGUGCACAUGGUGUAAUGAUCACUACCCCAAUAUAUUAACCCACGAAUAGGAACAGAAGUCAUCUUCUAGGGUAGGUAAGAGUAACCCAAUAAUGUCUUGGGCACAGAUUUCCUAUCCCUGUUGAUUAAACCGACGCUACUGACUGACCCCCUUCUCCAUUCCAGAGAAGGCACAUAAAAAGCUGGGCAGCUUUCCUUGACCAUUAGCAUGGAACCAGUUAGUGCCAAGAAGUCAAAUGCCAGAAUGACAGAGGGCAAUUUAAGACGAAGUUGAAGGUUAUUGGUGGGACUGUGAGGAGAAAUCCAAUUUCUGACUUGCAUUGUUCAUUUCUUAAAAUGUGUGUCAUACGCAAUUGCAUCAGCUCUUGUAUCAUGAGCAAACCAACAACUUGCCAACUUCCAUGCAAUUUCUAAAUAUUCGUCAAGCCUAGGGCCAAUACAGUGAAGUGGAGCGAGUGAGCAACCUGGGGUUUUAAUGCAUUUCUGUUUGACUUGAACAGUGUUGGGUGUAUCCUGGGGCUUGAUUUGGGUGCAACUUGGCUACGUUUACUUGCCUUUUGAGGCCUUCCUAGGGGAAGAGACCAGGUGAAAGAGCAGAAUUGGGCCAAUUGCAAGCUUGAAUCAUUAUGCAGAGGCUGCAUUGGCAGACUUGAAUCAGCACCCUUGUGAUGUUAGAAAUCACCAGCCUUAAUUCUUUUUCUUCCUUCAAUAUCUGCUUCAGCUGCACCAACCUAAGGGCCGCUGUAUGUUCUGUAAAGUCUUAUAUUCUGCAGUGGUUUCUUGUAGGCUGUUACUUUGCUCCGAAAACUUGAUCAAGAGGUUAGAGCAGUGAGCUUCACUACUACUUGCUGUAGAAGAAAAUGGUUUCUCUCCUCAUUCUGUGGUCAAGAAUGUACAAUACUGUAGAAACUUGCCUGCAUUUGGAAUAAAGUAGUUACUUUUUUGCCCCUUAGGCUCAUCAAUUCCUAAUCUCUUUCUAAUGUGGAAGCUUUUACUAAAGAUUGUAUUUUAAUAAAUAUUGCUUAAUGUCUGUA